AUGGCAUCCAAUGCUGGCAAUGGGAGCUCAGUGACACAAGUGGCAUCCUCCAGAAGGAGCCUGUCACAGGUGCAAGACCGGAUUGGCACCUCCCGUGGCACCUCUGACCUGAGCCAAAGAAUCCACUUCUGUGACCAGUGGGCUUCUGACUAUGAUCAGGACGUGGCCAUCCUGGAUUACCGAGCUCCCCGCCUGGCUAUGGACUGCCUGGCCUCGGUCUUCCCCUUCUCUCCCCAAGAGGCUCUGCUCCUAGGUGUGGCCUGUGGUACCAGGCUGGUGGCUGUUGAGCUACAGAAACAAGAAUUCUGCAACCUCCAUGGAGUAGAGGGCAGCAAAAAUAUGCUCGAGCUGGCCAAGAGGCAAGGCUUGUACCAGCAGCUGAGCCUCCUGUCCCUGGGCCAGGAAGCCCUGCCUGCCCCUUCAGAUCAUUAUGAUGCAGCGAUGGUUGGUGGGGCUCUCAGUGAUGGGCAGGUACCUUACAGCACAGUGUCUGAGCUCCUCCCCGUCACUAACAAGGAGCCCCCAUCCCUGACCAAAAGCAAAACUCUCCAAUACCGAGCCCCCAUUCUCAGCCCCAAGUCCCCAUCUGUAGGGGGACAACACCUUCUCCAUGAAGCUUUUCCUGGAAGUCUGGUAUGUCUCUCAACAAGAGCCAACCCUUCAAAUCUGACCUACAAAGAGGCCCUGGAGACAGAGCUGGCCAGACUAGAGCAGGCUGGGAGACGGAAGCGAGUUCUGGUCCGCACUGUGGAUCAGUGGGAACGGGCUACAUCAGAGCAAGAGGCUGCAGGUUCUUCAAGAAACAUCCACGGCUUCAUCUCUGGGGUUAUCUACCUCUAUUGUAAAUAG